AUGGCCCGCUUCAACCUCUCUUUCUUCGCCGUCUUCCUUGUCCUGGCAGCAUUCGCCAUGUCAAUGCCCACCAAGCGCGAUCAAAGCCAGGGCCUGGGACUUGACACUGCCCUCUCAGAUUUGCAGGGUGCGGCCAAGUUCAUGGAAGGCUUGAAUAACAAGGACACCAACGACCAGAACAACCAAGCUCAGAAUGACCAGGCCCCGAAGCAGGACACUACCACGGCGGACAAGAAGGUCGAGGAGGAGCAGCCAGUUGCCGAUACUACUGCUGCCACUCCCACCGAGAAGGGCCUUUACUCUGGUAACUUCAAGACGCCUACCGCUACGCCCACUUCCCACCCUACCUCCCAGCCUAACGCGCUGGGCAAAAUCCCCGUUCUUGGUGGUCUCCUCGGUGGUACCGGCGGUCUCCUGUAA